UGUAAACUUGCCAGCUAGAUAGAUAAAUCUGACCAGAAAAUUACUGCCGAUAUUUGGAAAGGAGUGGAUAUAAGUGACGAAUGAUGGAAGAAGGUACAGCGGAAGAUCAGCUAAAAAGGAGCAGUCGCAAAAACUCUGUCAGGCCACGGCGAUCGAGCACUAAUAAGUCAACUUUCGGCCAACACUUAGAAACAAAAGGUGGCCGUAGACGACCUUCUGGAUGCUCAAGACCAUCUAGCAAAGUUUUACUUGACAUAGACAAAGACUUACAGGUGAAGUUGAGCCCUCAGAGAAGUAAGAAGAUCAGCAUGGUGGCCAAUCCCACAAUUGAUCAACACUUCAUAUUUCCUAACCUGACUGGCCAACAUAUUACGUCUGUCGUCAACUCAAGACGCAACUCAACUUUGAGUAGAAAAAACUCGUUCGUAUCUCGAUCAAGAAAGGUGUCUGUUGCAGCGGGCCACACCGAUAGCAAGUCCUUUUCUGAAAUGCCGUUUGACGAUAAUUUGAAAGUGCAACGUCGACACGGCGAUAAUGAGAUCCCAAAUGACGCCAUUAAACACCGUGUGCGCAAAAUCAGUCUUCCGGCGCAUCUACUCCAUUCACCAGGCAGCAGACCAUCCCCGCAGAUACAAAGAAAGGUGUCGCAAAUUGAUCUAAUAGAAAACUCUUCCGAAAUAUUCGACAUGGCAAAAUUAUUAGAUGAAAAGCUCAACAUUGAGGAACUCGAAGAAGAAUUCGAGGCAGAUUCUGUAUCAGUUUUGGAAAAACGUCUGCACAAUUCUGAGACUCCAGACCUUGAUAGGAUUAUUGAAGCGCAUUCUGGAGAGAAACGUGAGCCUCAUUGUCAGUUUAAGCCGAAAAGAUGCUGGUGUACACGCUGCCAGAUUAUGUAUAGAUUACACAAAGAAAACGACGAAACGCUUGUGAAUUGGGGACACUAUCCAUGUCAUCACUGGUAGACGCGUAUUUGAUAUCGAUGUGACAAUUGAAUAUUUUUGUGUUAUUGGGCCUCUCUUUAAGUGCGUAUAAUGGAAUUAUCAAAUCACUAUUGGUAAAUGUGCAUUGGCCAAAUUUUGAUCGAUGGGAAUAGGAAAUGAGUCAAAUGACCAAUAAUAGCCACAAAUAAUAGAUUCGUGUUACUUCUACUAAAAUGAAUGUUCAUACGUUCAAAUGUGACAUACGUGGUGAAGUAAAUGACCUAACAAUAAAUACGCACAUAAUCCCAUAUAAGUUGCAAGGUUUGAUGUAGUGAGGCAACGUUGGAGGAUAGUCUUUCUCGAUCUCUGACCAAACACCUUACUUUUUAUUUCUUACGAAAUAAACGAGAACUUGAAGACAAGAGAGAUUUCCCUCAUAAGUGAAAGUGUAAAGUUAUGUCUAUAGCUAAACGUUAGUACUAUUAUGUAAGUAUACGUAAAUUGAAAUUUUGCAUCUCGCUAAAACACGUACGUUAUGAUGCACAUUUUAUUCAUUAAUUCUAAUAUUCUUAUUUCACCAAAUAUGAAUAGCUUUUAUCUCUAAAUUCUUUGUUCAUAAUGUGAAUUGGACAGUAAUAUGACUUCAUGCCAAGUUUCACUAUGAUUCCUUACCAAUAAAAAUGUCUAAACGAGAUAUGUGUAAUCGUGAAUCGUGAAUUUAAACGAAAAAUUCCAAACUCACAAGAGAUGAUCGAGAUAUUGGUUCAAAUCUUUUGGACUGUUUAUUUUCAAUUUAUAGUCGGU